AAAGUUGAGUUCUUUCUGUAAAAAAUUGGUUCCGGUAAUUAAAGUUUUUGAUAGGGUUGUUUUUGUAUUUAAAAACUAUCGAGGGUUUUGAAUAAAACGAUAUUUAUAUUUGCUAAGAUUCUUCUGUCUCUCCGAGCAGUCUCCUUUUGGCCACCUUAUCUCUCUAUCUCGGUGACUCUCUUGAAAAACCAACUUCUGGGUUGUCUUCAAGGGACCUGUUGAGAGAUAGAGAGGUAGUGAGAAGAAAAAAUGGAGGCUGUGCUACAGACUAAAGGGCUUUUUUCUUUACCACCAAACCCCAAAACAAGAGCUUCUUUGUACCCCUCACAGGGCUUAAAGCACAGACUUUUUGCUGUUAAACCCAAAACCGUUGCUGGGUUUUCUUUAUCUUCAAAUGGUUUGCCUAGAUUUCCUACCGUUGUGUCGAAACCAAAUGGGUUUCUCCCAAAAGAUAGAGAUUUGCAUAUUUGCAGGGCGGAGGCUGCAGCUGCGGCUGAUGGGCAACCUUUAUUUGGUGAAGCUGAGAAGCCUAAGCUCUUGGGUAUUGAGCUAUCAACCCUCAAGAAGAUUAUCCCACUGGGGUUGAUGUUCUUUUGUAUUCUUUUUAACUACACAAUCCUCAGAGACACGAAGGAUGUGUUGGUCGUGACAGCAAAAGGGAGUAGUGCAGAAAUAAUACCAUUUCUGAAAACUUGGGUGAAUUUGCCCAUGGCUAUUGGGUUUAUGUUGUUGUACACACAAUUAUCUAACGUUUUGUCUAAGCAGGCUCUCUUCUACACCGUAAUUGUCCCAUUUAUUGCCUUCUUUGGUGCGUUUGGUUUUGUUUUAUAUCCUCUUACUAAUCAAAUCCACCCUCAAGCAUUUGCUGAUAAGCUUCUCAAUAUACUUGGCCCAAGGUUUCUUGGUCCUAUUGCAAUUUUGAGGAUUUGGACUUUCUGUUUGUUCUAUGUCAUGGCUGAAUUGUGGGGGAGUGUGGUGAUUUCUGUGCUCUUCUGGGGAUUUGCCAAUCAGAUCACUACUGUAGAUGAAGCAAAAAGAUUCUACCCUUUGUUUGGACUUGGGGCAAACAUUGCUCUAAUUUUCUCUGGCCGAACAGUGAAGUAUUUCUCAAAUUUGAGAAAAAAUUUAGGUCCUGGAGUUGAUGGCUGGGCCAUCUCUCUCAAAGGAAUGAUGAGCAUUGUGGUAUUGAUGGGUCUUGCAAUCUGUUUCAUUUACUGGUGGACAAAUAAGUUCGUUGCUCUCCCAACCCGUAGCAAGAAGAAGAAGGAAAAGCCAAAGAUGGGUACAAUGGAGAGCUUAAAAUUCCUGGUCUCCUCGAAAUACAUUAGAGAUCUUGCCACUUUGGUGGUUGCAUACGGUAUUAGCAUCAACCUGGUUGAGGUUACCUGGAAAUCUAAGCUCAAAGCACAGUUCCCCAGCCCGAAUGAGUAUUCUUCCUUUAUGGGUGACUUUUCAACUGCCACUGGAAUAGCAACAUUCACAAUGAUGCUUCUUAGCCAAUUUAUAUUUGACAAAUAUGGUUGGGGAGUUGCAGCGAAGAUCACACCCACAGUCCUGCUUCUGACUGGAGUGGGUUUCUUCUCACUGAUUUUAUUUGGAGGUCCUAUUCAACCUGCUCUUGUGCAGUUUGGGUUGACUCCUCUUCUCGCUGCUGUUUACGUGGGUGCCUUGCAAAACAUUUUCAGCAAGAGUGCCAAAUACAGUUUGUUUGACCCUUGUAAGGAAAUGGCCUACAUUCCCCUGGAUGAGGAGACCAAGGUUAAAGGAAAGGCAGCUAUCGAUGUCGUAUGCAAUCCAUUGGGCAAGUCUGGAGGAGCUCUGAUUCAACAAUUUAUGAUCCUAACCUUUGGGUCACUUGCAAACUCAACUCCUUACCUUGGUGGAAUUCUUUUGGUGAUUGUUCUUGCAUGGUUAGCUGCAGCCAAGUCUCUAGAUACUCAGUUCACUGCUCUGCGUAAGGAAGAACUCGAGAAAGAGAUAGAAAGAGCAUCUGUUAAGAUCCCAGUUGUGUCUCAAGAAGAAAGUGGAAACGGUUCUCUCAUGAGUGGUUCAACACUCAAUCCGGCAGCAGGUGAUUCAUCUGAAACAAUCCCCGGCAAGGUCUAAACUAUUUCUUCCACUACUCAACCGUGUCUGGCUGGAAGAAUAAGCAGAAGAAAUGAGAAGCGUCGUCAGGUGAAACGUCUGAACGUAGGAUUUUAUUAUAGAAAUGAAUAAUAGCUAAAAGGUGGUAUGCAUUCUACUCUUCUUUCAAGUCCACUUCUUCCCUGAAUAUGGGCUUACUUUCUUUUAUUUUUAAAUUUUUUUUUUUAAGUUCUGCUUGUAAAACUAAAUUGGGUAGGUGCUAAUAGAAAUCUUUUUGUUGGUUCA